AUGGAAGAGACCGAUGAUAACUCUGAUUUAUCAAGCUUGAUGUGCUUUGAAAACAUCUCUGAAUGCUUAGAUAAUUAUGAAAGUGAUGUUGAUGACGAGUCUAGUCUUUCAUUUAACAAUCCAUGUUUGAGUUAUAACAACAUUGGAUCAGAAAAUUUGUUGGCUUUUCGCGAACUUAUAAAUGAAACUGUUUUGUCUUUGGUUAAAAGAGAAAGCGAACAUUUACCUCGUGAUGAUUAUCUUGAGAGGCUUCGUGGUGAGGACAUAAACUUAAAAUUUAGGGACUUAAACUUGAACAUGAACUUGAACUUGAAUGGUAUUAGGAGGGAGGCUAUUGAGUGGAUGUGGAAGGCUGCUGCAUGUUAUGGUUUUGGACCCUGUAUUUUUUCUCUUGCUGUGAACUACGUAGAUCGUUUCCUAUCUGUAUACAAAUUUGAAAGAGGCCAUCUUUGGAGUGAGAAAUUGUUGGCUUUAGCAUGUUUGUCAAUUGCUGCUAAACUGGAGGAGGGUAAAAAAUUGCCUAAAUCAAUAGACUUUAAGUUAGGAGAAUUAGUGUUUGUAUUUGAAACUAAAGGCAUUACAACAAUGGAGCUAUUGAUAUUAGAUCACUUGAAUUGGGAAAUGCAAUCUUCAACUCCAUGUUCUUUUGUGGAUUACUUCCUUAGUAAGAUUACUUCUGAGCAGCAGUUUCCGUCAGGGUCGUCCAUGUUGAAUUCAAUAGACCUUAUUCUUAAGAUGCCUAAAUAUAUUGAUUUCUUGGAAUUUAAGCCUUCUGAAAUUGCUGCGGCAACUGCAAUUUGUGUUUCAAAGGAGUUGGAAACAAAUGGGAUUGAUGAAGUCUUGACUCGUUUUGCUAUUGUGGAGAAGGACAAAACUUUGAAGUGUCUUGAACUGAUGAAAAAUUUGGGCUGGAUGGAAGUUUCUUCUGAUUUAAGCAGCAUCGACUUUGGAACAUGUGUACCUGAAAGCCCUGUUGGAGUGCUAGAUUCUUCAUGGGAGAACUCUAAAUGUGAUGAAAAAACAACUGAUGAAUUAUAUCCAAAUUCUUCUCCUGAAAGUUCACAUGCAAGCAAGAGGCACAAGUCCUUCCAUGACGAUGAAGCUUUUCUAGUCAUGAAAUUUUAG